UUUUCUGAUGUCUUGCUUGACGUGGAAGACGUAGAGUUGAAAAAUGGUAGUGACCCAAACCUCUGCAGUGUCUAUAUGAAGGACAUCUACAAGUACCUGAGAGACCUUGAGGAAAAGCAACCUAUCAGACCUGAAUACCUGGCCGGCCAGGAUAUCAGUGGAAACAUGCGUGCCAGACUAAUGGACUGGCUUGUACAAGUACAUCUGAAAUUCAGGCUCCAUCAGGAGACCUUGUAUACAUCUGUUGCUAUUGUCGAUCGCUUCCUGCAGGACAAUCCUGUUGCCAAGACGACCUUGCAGCUGGUUGGUGUCACAGCUAUGUUAAUUGCCAGCAAGUAUGAAGAUAGAUGUCCCCUAAAUGUUGGAGAUCUUGCCUAUGAAACUGAAAAUGCUUACACAAAGGCAGAAAUCUGCCAGAUGGAGAUAAAGAUUCUGCAAGCCCUGGACUUCAAUCUGAGUCGCCCUAUCCCUCUGCACUUCCUAAGGAGGACUUCAAACAUUGCAGAGGUGAGCUCUAUACAAUACAUUCUGGCCAAGUACCUGAUGGAGUUGUCCAUUAUGGACUACUGUAUGGUUCACAUCCCUCCAUCCAAGAUUGCAGCAGCUGCUAUCUGUUUAGCUCUGAAACUCCUGAAUGGAUGUGAGUGGACACAAACCCUGCAACAAUACAUGACUUAUGCCGAGAGCGACCUUCUCCCAGUUAUGCAGCACAUAGCGAAGAAUGUCUUUCUUGUGAACAAGGGCAUCACCAAAAACCUGACGAUCAAGAACAAGUAUGACAGCCAGAAAUAUGCCAGUGUAAGUACCAUGGAGCAGCUGGACUCACCUGUCAUACGGAAUCUAGCCCAACCUGUGCUGCAAAUGCCUUAA